CAAAUUAAUUAAUAUGCAAGCAAACCAAAACCAAAACCAAAAAUGACAAAAAGGAUAAUCAAUUUUCUGUUAUGCUCAACGGUUUUUUUCUACUUUCAGUGCGGUGAUUCACCAUGCGAUCAAACCGAGGUUCCCAAAGAAAAAGUGACAAGGGGCCUGCGACCUAAUGUGACGGAUGCAUGCGAGAAGAACGAUCCAUGUCAGCACGGAGGCAUAUGUAUAUCGACUGAUUCAGGACCAUUAUGUGAGUGCCGUAAUUUAGAUUACGAAGGUACAUACUGCGAGAAAGACAAAGCACCAUCUGAAGCAACAUUUCGGGGAUCGGAGUUCCUAUCGUAUGACUUAGGCCAAACUGGAGGUGAACCAAUUGUAAGCGCACAGGAUGCCAUAUCAUUAUACUUUCGAACGAGACAACCAAAUGGCCUAUUAUUCUAUACAAGUCAUGACACGGACUAUUUGAAUUUGGCACUUCGUGAUGGCGGCGUAUCUUUAACAAUGGGUCUUGCAAAUGGCAAACAGGAAAUGCAUAUUAAACCGGCUCGAGUACGCUUUGAUGAUCAUCAAUGGCAUAAAGUCACCGUUCAUCGACGAAUUCAAGAGAUUUCUUCCAUCACAAGCUUCUGUCGGUUGGUGGCCGUUGUGGACGACGUAUAUACAGACCAUUCGCAUAUUGCCGGAAAGUUUACGAUGUUGUCAUCAUCUCGAGUUUAUGUCGGUGGUUCAGUGAAUCCAAGAGCACUUCUGGGCGCCAGAGUUCAUAAUAACUUUGUCGGCUGUUUAAGAAAGGUUGAAUUCUCUGCCGAUACACUGCGACUGAACUUAAUCGACUUGGCCCGCACUGGUUCGAAAUUAAUUCAAGUUGCCGGAAGAGUGGCGUACAACUGUCCAUCAGGUGAUCCACAGGAUCCAGUUACGUUUACGACAAGAGACUCCCACUUGAUAUUACCGCCUUGGGAAACUGGCAAGCAAAGCAUGAUUUCGUUUAAAUUUAGAACAAACGAACCCAACGGACUAAUUUUGCUAACGACAGCAGCCAAAUCGGGAAAUUCGGAUUUAUUUGCUGUGGAAUUGUUAAAUGGUCACAUUUAUAUUCACGUCGAUCUUGGUUCCGGUGCUGUAAAAGUUCGUGCCUCGCGACGACGUGUUGAUGAUGGCGCUUGGCACGAAUUGAUGCUGCGUCGAACUGGUCGAGAAUGCAAAGUAUCAAUUGAUAGCCAAUGGAAUGAUUUCCGCACUCCGGGCGAUGCAACGCAAUUUGAGCUCGAUUCGCCCAUUUAUUUGGGCGGUCUUGGCUCAUCCUACAACAGUGUUAAUACACCGCCAGCUGUUUGGACAGCAACACUCAGGCAAGGUUUCAUCGGUUGUCUACGAGAUUUGAUGCUCACCGGCAAACCCGUCGACAUUGCUGCAUUUGCUCGACAACAGGAUUCAGGUGCUGUGAAAGCUUCGUGCCAUGUUCAGGCAAACCAAUGCGGUGGUGCUGUACCGCCGUGUCUCAACAGUGGUGUCUGCAAUGAAGGAUGGAAUCGACCGAUUUGUGACUGUUCGGCCACCUCAUUUACUGGACCAACAUGUGGCAGAGAAUCGGCAACAUUGGCCUUCAACGGAAGUCAACACAUGACCAUUUCGGUUGGUGGCACCCAUGGAACACGCACACAAACCGAAGAGCUAGUACUACGUUUCAAAACCACUCGACCGACUGGUUUGCUCCUUGUAACGAGUGCCGAUUCAAAUUCACCCGAUCGCUUAGAAAUUUCACUCGUUGCCGGACGAGUUCGUGCCAGUGUUCGGCUCGGUGAUCGUGAAAAGAAUCUUCUUGCUGGUCAAGGAGUGUUACACGAUAACAAUUGGCACACAAUACGCUUUUCACGUAAGGCAUCAAAUCUACGACUACAAGUUGACGGGAAUUCUCCCGUCAGGGGUACGUUAUCCGAAACCAUUUUGGGGCGACACAGCACAAUGGAAAUUCGUUCAAUUCAUUUGGGCGGGAUGUUCCAUGCGGAAGAAGAAAUCCAAAUGACAUCCACAAUGGCAAACUUUGUUGGUCAUAUGCAAGGCUUUGUGUACAAUGGAAAUCGAUACAUUGACAUAGUGAAAGCUCUUGGUUCUGAGCUGUCGGUACUUCCCUUAACCACGUUCAAGUUGAAUGCACGCUUUGUGACGCCUACACUAUCAACCCCGUACCAUGCGGCAACAUUCCGUUCCAAGCAUUCGUAUGUUGGUCUGGCUAUGCUCAAGGCCUAUUCCAAUGUGUUCAUCGAUUUCCGAUUCAAGACGCUCGAAGCCAAUGGCCUAUUGUUCUAUAAUGGUGGUCGUCGAAACGAUUUCAUUGCCAUUGAAUUGGUAAACGGUAAAGUUCAUUACAUUUUCGAUUUGGGUGAUGGACCUAUCACUUUACGCGACACAUCCCGCAUACAUAUGAACGAUAAUCGAUGGCAUGUGGUUAGCAUUCGACGACCCGGUCCCAAGACUCAUACACUCAUUGUUGAUGACACAAUCGAAGUGUAUAAUACACCUGGCAAUAAUAUGCACAUGGAAUUGGAAGGAAUUAUGUAUAUUGGCGGCGUGUUCAAGGAUAUGUACACUAAACUACCUCCGGCAGUUGUGUCGCGAAAUGGAUUCGAAGGAUGUUUGGCUUCAAUUGACUUUGCCGAUAUUUCGCCAAGUCUAACGGAAGACGCCGUUGUACCCAGUUCACUUGUUGUCAACGGAUGCGAAGGUCCUACGAAAUGCAGUCAAAAUGCUUGCGCCAAUCGUGGCGUUUGCGUUCAACAGUGGAACGCUUAUGCUUGCGAAUGCGAAAUGACCACUUAUUCAGGACCCACUUGUUAUGAUGAGUCAGUUGCCUAUGAAUUCGGUUCAAACAAAGGAAUGAUCCAGUAUAUGUAUCCAGCUGGAAAGCAACCAGAUACUGAGGAAGAUUCGAUUGCGCUCGGAUUCAUCACCACCAAAUCCGAUGCUGUCUUGUUGAGAGUUGAAAGUGCAACAACCCAAGAUUACAUGGAACUGGAAAUUGUUGAAGGGAACAUCUUCAUGGUGUACAAUAUUGGAUCGCAUGAUCUGCCACUCGGUGAAAUCGGUACUAAAGUCAAUGACAACAUUUAUCACAUUGUACGAUUCCAACGAUUCGGUGGCAAUGCAACGCUUCAGCUUGAUGAUUACAAUGUUCAAACUGUACACCCUCAAGGUCAUCAGUCGACGGUGUUCAAUUCGAUGGCAAAUAUCCAGGUGGGCGGUAAAAUUGCACGAAACGGUCGUUUCCGUAUCGAACGGCCGUUUGUUGGUGUGGUCUCUGGUCUAUCAGUAAAUCGAUUGCGUGUGCUAGAUUUGGCAGCUGAACGAGAUCCACAUGUGACCGUUCGCGGAGACGUACAAUUGGUAACUGGAGUAUUAGAUAGAACUGAUCUAACAAGAAUGCAGCAGACUCCAGCCAGCAAUUAUCCAGGUGUGGUUGAUGACCUCAUUUUUUCGGGAGCGGGUUCGGGUUGUCGUGGUGACGAUGAGGACGAGUGUACGCCACCGUUUGAAUCAGGCAGCGGCGACGAUUUAAUUACUCCCGUUUAUGUACCACCAACGAAACAACCGACAACACCGCACAAGAGCGAAGAGACCAGUGCAAAAGAGGCAUGCGACGAUGAAGAUUGUAUUCAUGGUUCGGGUGACUCUGGCAGUGUUACCGAAUCAUUUACAUCGACUACAUCUAAAGGCACAGAUCGCACAUCAUCAACGGCAUCGGAAACAACGAAAACAUUCGAAGAUUUGAGUACAACAAAUCGUGAUACAAAUACAUUUGGUACAACAUCGGAAAUCGGAACCACAAACGUUGGCACAAGCACAUCGGUCAGUUCAACACAAAGCCAAUCAACACCGGCCGUUACACGACCCGAAACUACAUGGUCAUCAUCGACCAGUCACAUGACCACCGUACCAAUUCCAGAGACAACGCAUUAUCAUAAACCAAGCACAACUGAAAUGGAUAACAAUAUUGAUCACACGAGAGAAGAUUAUCGUGAACGGCACGAGGACAAGCCAGCGUGGACACCAAAUCAAUACGAUAGCAAAACUACGGAAUCACAGUACGAACGUGGCGAGCACGAUAUUGAAUCGGAAGUAGAACCAGAACCACCAUUUUAUCCACAGCCACCGCCAACCCCAUACAAUCACGGUGGUCGUCCAAAAAUCAAUCGUGGUGGUCGCAUUAGUUCUGAAGCGGAAGAACGAACAGCAAUGAUAAUCGGCAUUGUAGCGGGCGCAUUGAUUGCCGUUGUGCUGGUCAUAUUGCUCUUGAUUUGGUUACGAUCAAAUGGAGAUAGAAACUACAAAGCCGACCCAGACAAGCGCGCUUCCUACGGCCAGGGAGCGAAUGCUGCAUUACUUGGCAAUAAUUCAUGUACAAACGGAGCAAGGCAUCCGAUAAAUGGAUCGAAUGUGCCAUUGAAUGGUUCGUUACGUUUAAAUGGUAGCGAUAAAGCACAAGUGCCAGGUUUGGUUCCACAAAAACCAAAGAAACGAGAUUCAAAAGAUAUCAAAGAAUGGUAUGUGUAAAAUGGUUUCGAAUGACAAAACAAAAUAAACAAAAAACUAAACGAAGAAUAAAAAAAAACAGCACUGCAACAGCAAAGAAAACAAAAAUUUUACGAAUUUCAUAUAGGAUCAUAACAAAAAAAAAACAAAAGAAAAAUCAGUUCCCAAUAGAAAACGUGGACAGUUAUUUGCAAAUAGCUGCCAAACAAAAAAUAUACAGAAAAAAAGAGAAUUAAGUAAGUUUUCCAUUGGUCCAUUGUCAUAAAAUCUGUUUAGUUUAACCAAAAACCAAAAGAAAAAUCUCCUCCAACAAUUGUCCAAUUGACAAUUUGAGCUUUAUUCACUUAAAAUGAACUGAAACACAUGUAAAACGAAUAUUUUAACCAUUUGAAGUCAAAAAAAAUUAAUUAAGAAAAAAAUGGUGAAACUUCAAGCGAAUAAUUGUUAUGAUGAUUCAAAAGUUAGAGAAAAAGAGAAGGUGCUAAAUGUUUAAAAAAAAUGAUAAGCAACAACAACCCGAAAAAAAUUGAUGAAAAUGAAUGAUGUUGUUAUGGUAACAUGACGACGAAAAACGAAAUGAACGUACGUUAGAUUUAUGUAAGGCAUACGCAAACACAGCACAUACACACAUCAAAUAAUAUCCAGCAGAGAAAAUGCCAUGUAUAACCAACAACCCUCCCCAAAAUCAAAAAAAAAACAAAAACUUUUCGUUGAUUUUUGUUUGGUCUAAUGGACGGAAAUAUAAGAAUUUUUUUUUAGUGUGUAGAUAUAUUUGUAAAAAAAACUGAAAUCUAAUCGAUGAAGUAGUGACUUAAACGGUACACUUGUAAUACACAGAGAGAGACACACACAUACGUCAGCUGUAUAUGUAUUUGAAAUGAAAACGCUAAAAUGAAUGAUGAAUAUUCAGAAAUUUAGUUGAUCCCAUGAACCUCCCCCCAAUUUGUGCGGUUUGAUUUAAGUUUCACGCUAUUCUGCUCCUCUUCGAAGAGGAACAACAUAUGUAUCAUGUUAGUCGUUUAUUUUUUAUUUUCCCAAUUUCCGUUCCAUCAACGUCUCAAGCAUUAUGGCAAAAUGAAAGCGCAUCUCCUUUAUGUGUACAACUAAAAAAAAAAUAAAAAAAAAUAAAAUCAAUCAGUGUGUAUAAUUGAACAUAAAACCAAAACAUUUAAGAAGACAACAUUAGUGAAAAGAUCCUAGCGUAAAUUGUUUAGUUAAAAAUAACAAACCCAAUACCGGUUAAGAUUUAUUUAAGAAGAAAAAAUAAUGGAAGAAACAGAAAAUCACCACAAAAAAUUGCAACAAUGGAAAAAAAAAGACGAAUAGGAUAACAAGGAUUGUAGGCAACAACAAACAAAUAACGGCAAUUGUGCACUCAUGAUGCAAAUGCGCACAAUUGUUUGCGUGAAAUGAGACACAACAAUCUCGCAAGCUAACUGAACCAAAUAACUCGACUCAGUUUCAAAUUUUUCAUCUAUGUAUCUCUUUCAAAUCAACCUCGCGAAAAUACUUCAAAAUACGUUAUUUAAAAAGAAAACACACGAAAAACAACAUACACACACAAACAUUUUCACGCUAUUUAAAUAUUAUUCUCUCUCUCUCUCUCUCUCUCUUCAUAUGUGCACAAUUUUCAAACUGCAACAACAAAUCCACUUCAUUCGGAAUCUAACAAUCAGAACGUUAUUAAUACGUACAUGACUUUUAAAAUCUGAAUCAAAAUCAAAAAUGAAUACGAAUCUCACCCUCUCUAAACCAAUUGUAUUGAAUUCAUUGUCUUUUAUUCAAGAAUAAUGAAACAAAAAACACAAAAAACCUCCCACACAAACCACGAAUCGAAUUGCACCCAAUAAAUUUUAAAUCGAGUUCCGUAUUGAUGCAAAUUUUUAAUCAACUGUUUCUAUUUCAAAUUUAAAAAAAAGGAAACAAACAACGUUUCUCUCUUUUUCAAAUGCACACACACAUACUCACACCCACAUUUUAACACAACUAAACGUUCGAACGAGUUAAAUGGACUGUUGGAUAAUUGGUUUAUUUACAAUUUACAUUUGACAUAUUCGUGUGUUUUUGUUUGUCCACUUUUGUUCUUCAUCAUUUGGAAAAACACAAAUCGAGUUACAGAUUGUUGUGCAAUGAAAUGUGCUUGAUGAUGGAAAGAAGCGCGAGAGGAUUUAAAAAUGAAAUGUUGAACGUAUUUUGAAGCCGCAUUUGAGAAAGAAAACAAAAAUCGAGAAGAAUAAAUAAAAAGAAAAACAAGUAGAAAAAAGACGAAAGAAAGAGACAAUAUCAGUAGUAAUAUUAAUUUACUCCUAGAAAUGCUCAAAACCAAAAUUUUUAGUAGUGAAACCAAAGAAUAAAAAGAAACACACACGAACACACAUACGAGAGAAAGAGCAGGACAAAUCCCCGAAUAUUUUAAAAUAAAAUAUGUAAUGCAACGCGUCGAUAAAGUGCUUUUUGCUAAUUUUAGUUUUGGUUUUAUUUGUUAGUUUUUGUUACCAUGUUCAUCAUUGAUCUCAUCCCUCAUAUACAUGCGCCCGCUUGCUUUUUUAACCACAUUCGUUUUUGUGUCACUCGCACCAGUUUGGGUGUGCAGCGAUUCAAAUCCAUAUUGCAUUCAAGUCGACAUUCAUCAACGCCAAACAUGCAGAUAACAACAACAAAACACCAUCACAAAAAAACGCCAUGUUCUUUUUUACCAAAAUAAAAAGCAUUUAGUUGUGAGCUAAUUAGAGCAAAUCAUCCAGUGAACUUUUUUUUUGUAUUGUUUCGUUUAGUUCUAGGGCAUACACAGGAAACGAACUUCAAAUGUAGUGUAAUUCAAAAAGAUGAAGAAGAAAAAAAAAAUUGUAAAUUUAAACAUAUCACAACACGGAAUACAGAGAUUGCACCAACCAUUUUGAUAGAUUUCAAAGUUUUACCUCAUCUUACUUUCGAUGCAAUAUUUAUUUUUAAAAAAAACACACACACACACAGAGAGAGAACAAAAACCAAAGCUUUUUCCAUGUUUUUCUCCCAACAAGAGAAGAACAACAAUUUUGAAAUCAAAGCAUUUUAACACGAUGACAACCAAACGAGUGAAGACGCUAUUUAGCGCGAUAUUAACUAAUAUUUCCUCCGCUUUUUUCCCCAACAACAAUAACACACAGAUACAUUUUUCAAUCGAACCUUUUAAAUUGAGAUAACAAGCGAAUUAUUUUCGAGAGACUUUUUAUAUCGUCUUUUCCCUUCAAAUCUUAGACACAGUAUUCAACACAUCAAACCACAAUGAAUUGUGAACGAAAUAGAUUAGUGAAUAGUUAGUGCAGCAGCAGCAGACAAAAGAAACCAAAAAAAAAAAAUCUAAAAGUGAUCAACGAUAUAUAGCUAAUGAAUGGACACAAUCUGAUUUCGUUUUUUUUUUUUUUUUUCGGCUCAAAAUUUAUCACUUUCUUUUCUUAUACUCUGACGAUUUUGCUCUCACUCUAAGAGUUGUGGACUCGCUAUUUUGUUUGUGUAUAUUUUCCAAUCGGUCCAUUGGUUUUUUAAAAUAAAACUUCUCUAAUUUCCAAUUCUAAAACAGAACUAAAAGAAAACGAUGAAAACAAAAUUAUGUCAACACAUCUAAAUCAAGAAGAAUAUCGAUUUUAUUCAAUUCGGUUUUUAAAGAAAAAUCUUGUUCCAUAUCAAUUUUACGUAUACUUUAUAGAAUAUGUUUAAAAAUCAAGAUAAAUAUGCAGUGUGUUCAGUAUUGAGACGAGUAAAACGCAACGUCGACUGUGGUGGUGCGACUUGUAUUGAGGCUGAGAGAUGAUUUGAUGAGAAAAUGUGAACGAUCAACAGUUUGAUGACCAUUUUCCAUUGAUAUGCACAUUUCAAUGACAUGCAAAUCAAAUUGAAAAUAUGAACACACACACACACACACACACCAAAUCGUUUCGUCCAAGGAAAAAAAAUCCAAAUUGAUAAAAAUGAAGAGAAACGAAAAGAAGAAAAAAAAAUGGCACAACACUAAUGCUAUCAUGUACGGGAACGAUGUGAAGAGCCACAUUUAAUCUAUUAUAUCAAUUACAAAAAUUCAUAUAUUAUGAUAUUAAACGCUAAAAAAAAACAAAAACAAUUGAUACAAUCCAUUCACUUUACACUCACUCACUUCAACGACACGCGUGUAAUGCGAAGAAUAUUUAGCCGUACAGAAAAACAAAACAGUAUAUAAGUCUAUUGCAAACCUAAUUGAAAGAGAGAUAUUGAUUUAGAGAAAAAUUGAUUGAUUUAUUAGAGAGAAAUGAACAAGAAGACGAUGAAUUGAAGAAGAAAAAAAAGCAUCAAGAACAAGAAAAACUAUGUAAAACUGCACCAAAAAAUCAUAUAUAUACAUUUAAGGGAUAGUAAAUUUUGUUUGGACUGAUAUUUUAUUUAUAAAUAAAUGAGAAAAAAAAAUUAAUUUACCACAAAAAAAAACAUUAAAGAAUGCUGAUAGAAACGACCCAGCGCGGACAAUUUCUUCAGAACAAAAAUGAAAGUUCAACUUUAUUGGCGCAAAAAAGGAAACAAAAAAAAAACUUUAUGAAAAAGUUAAACAUAAUCACACGCAACACACAUUUAGUACUUGUAACAGUUAUACAAUUAAUUUAAAAAAAAACACAAUGUUGGACAAAUUAAACACGAAAACCAAAUCGGAUGAGAAAGAAUGAAGAGUGUAAAAUGUUAUCUAGGAUAUAAAAUUAAUUAUUAAAUGAAACAAAACAAAAAAUGAAGAAUGUAAACAAAAAUAUACGCGUACAAAAAAAACACAAUCGGAUCGAAUCAAAAAAAUGAAAGAAAAUGAGAUUUAAUUAGGAUAAUUCCACGUGGUGAGAAAGACCCUUCCCCAAAAAAAAAAUCUUAUAACUUAUGUACACUCGAUACAUGCUAAAUGAAAAAUGGAUUCAUUAAUGGAUAGUCCGAUUUCCCUGCUACAUAGACACCCAGACACAUGCAAACACGAAACAUCCAAUAAAUGAUAACGUUUAAAUGAAUUAAAUUAAGAAAAACAAAAAAAAAGACAAACAAACAAAUGGUUAUUUAUGCGUAUUAAUUCAAUGUUUUUGUUUUGACCAUUAAACUGAAUGUUAAAUUUAAAAAAAAAUUGUACUCAUAAGACAUCGCUCUAUCUCUCACAUCGACACACACACACAUACAAAUACAUGAAAAACAACAACAACAACAACACACAUGAAAGAAUAUUAUAUAUCUUGUCGGUGCGAUCGAUUCUCCAUCAUUCGUUGAAAUAAGAGUGUUGAAUUAUUUUUCUCCUUUCUAUCUAUAUUUCUAUCCCUAUCAUCUUUUCUCCUUCUCUCUGUUAUGAAACCAUGCAAUUGUUACUUCGUUCCAUUGAGAAAAAUGAAAAACACGAAAAUAUUGAACAACAACCAAAAAAAAAAUGACAUAAAAUAAUAAUUUUAAUAAAACUCAAAAUGCAUAUUCAGAAUGAAACGAUGAUACUGCUACUGCGCGAACAACACAUACCAGAACAGAAAACAGAAAACUCUAGGGCAAAUGAAUGUUAUGUUAUAUUAAAGUAAAGAAAAAUAAAGAAACGGCAAACCGCAUAUUAAUAUGAGAAAUGGAACACAAUGAGACAAAACACAAAGUAAAAAUAGUUGAACUGAAAAGUGAACAAUUUAAAUUCGAAUGACAAAACAAACAAAAAAUAAUAUGAACAAUGAUCAGUCAUCAUAGACUUUUUUUGGGAAUUUAUCCAUAAUCUUUUUAUUUAAAAAAUUAAAUUUCAAGAAAAAUAAUUCAAAUAAAAGUCGAAUAAGCCAUACAACAAA